AUGGCCAGUGAUGAAGAGAGUGAGAGCUGUUCGCAGAAUGGCACACCAGUACCGGAUGACUCUGAAGUACAGCGCAAUUUGGAGGCGGACUUUGAAGGUGUUGUCAACGCUGGAGACGGUGGUGAUGCUGGACGUGACAUUCAGGCGAACCAGGGCACGCUGGCUACACAUCGACCGCAACCCAUCGAUGAAGAAACAAAAGAAACGGAGCCUCCAGGCAACACCCGAAAUACAGACACGUUACGAGAUCCGAAUAUCAUAACCGCUGACGAAGCUCUUGGUGAAUAUGCUGCCCUUGAUUCCGAUGGCGGGUGCGUAGGCGAUUCUGUAUACGAUGACGAUGACGAACUUGACUGGGUUGAGCCCAAUCCAGAUUCUGAGGAAGAAAAUGACUCCCCGACCGACAUUCACUUUACACCCGAUCUACUCGCCACGUACCUGAAGCCGCGCUAG